AUGAACUCCAAUGUCUUGUUCUCCGUCCUGGCCGCCCUCGCGACGACCCUUCCUGCGUCUGUGAGCGCCACCGACGUCAGCGUCCUCGGCGUGCCGGGCACCUUCCACGUCCCUGCAGGCGUCAGUUGCGGGGGCAGCGACCUCACUCGCAUUGGCGCCUAUCCAGGGCCGCAACCUCGUCAAGAGUUCGGGUCGUGCUGCCCAGCGCUGCUAAACCGCCUUCUUCUGACCAAGGGCCAAGUAGGCCAUCCGAUUGGCUCAAAUGAAAUACAUGACUAA